UUGACCGUUGAGAGGGGAACGGGUAACAGGCAGUACGGUUGACUUACCACAGUCGCGCUGCCUCCGCUGUGAAGUUAAAACGUCUAUGAAGCCAGCUCUCCACUUCGCAAAAUCUUACCGAGAGAAAACGCAGAUUUGAAAGGACGAAACACUUUACCCACAUGUUUGACGCCAUUUUUGCAAACUUAACAUCGGAUAUGACUCCAACGGUCGACACAACCUGCGGCGGCGACUUCACCUCAGACUCAGAGUGUUUGCCUGGCGACGGGAAAACGCUUUAAAUGACAUUUAAACACUCGAGAAAGGAGACUUGCUGAAUGAAACUUUCUACUAUUUCUCCUGGAGGGGUAAAGAGCCACUUACCGGGCGCGGUGUUCGCUUAAAAAACAACCGAGUUUACCGCAGUUGUGCACCGCUGGAUGGGACGCAGAUAAAAUGUUUCGUCAGCUCAAGUUCCAGGUUGGGAGGUUAACGACGAUGUCAGGGGUCGCCCGUUUUGGAAAAUGAUUACUGGCAGCACCGACGGUAAAAUAAUGGUCAGAAGAUGUCUAGUAACGUUCAAACCGUUCAGGAUAUUCGUGGUGGGAAUAGGCUUCUUCAGCCUGUGUUUUCUAAUGACCUCUCUGGGGGGGCAGUUCUCAGCCAAGAGACUGGGGGACUCUCCCUUCACCAUCCGCACAGAAGUGCUGGGAGGCGUGGAGUCACGUGGUGUGCUGAGGAAGAUCAGUGACAUGCUGGAGGUGAUUCUGAAGAGGAUGGACAGCCUGUCCAAACUCGACAACACCUCCACCACCGACGCACGGCGCCUGGAUGAGCUCAGCUCUGCUAUCAACAGGUUUCAACCGGCUGGUUUGGUGGAGAGAAUCCAGGCUAUAGCCCAGAACGUCUCCAACAUGGCAAUCAGGGUAGAGCAGAUACUGCAAAACAGCAUGGUGCAAGGAAAAGCAGUGAGAGAUGGGACAUCAAGCCAGUGUGAAGUACCCAGAGACCCCCGCUUUCCAGAGUGUCCCGGAAAAGUAGAUUGGAUGCGCGCACGCUGGACGUCGGACCCUUGCUAUGCCUUCUACGGUGUCGACGGGUCAGACUGCUCCUUCCUCAUCUACCUGAGUGAGGUGGAGUGGUUCUGCCCCCCGCUGACCUGGAGGAACCACAGCAGCCCCCCAACUCAGCAUGCCCAACAGCCAAAGACCCCCAAGAGACAGGCUGCUUUCCGCACAGACCUCUCUGUACUGCUGGACCAGGUUGGAACAGGAAAGGAGUCCCUCAGCUUCAUGAAGCGCCGAAUCCACCGCCUUGCAAAGCAGUGGGCAACCGCUGCUAACCGCCUGGAUACCAAACUGGAGCAACGAUGGAGGGACCAGAAGAAGAUCCUGGUCCAUGUGGGCUUCCUAACCGAGGAGUCUGGAGAUGUUUUCAGCCCCAAAGUGCUGAAGGGGGGUCCGCUGGGAGAGAUGGUCCAGUGGGCUGACAUCCUCACUGCACUCCAUGUUCUGGGACACAACCUCAAGAUCUCCAUGUCUGUCAAGGAGCUGCAGGGCUUCCUCGGCGUGCCCCCAGGCAGAGGCAGUUGCCCACUAACUGGCCCGCUGCCUUUUGACCUCAUCUACACUGACUACCAUGGCCUGCAGCAGAUGAAGCAACACAUGGGGCUGUCCCUCAAGAAACAUAAAUGUCACAUCCGAGUGAUUGACACGUUUGGUACGGAGCCGGCUUACAAUCAUGAGGAGUACGCAACGCUGCACGGCUACCGGACCAACUGGGGCUACUGGAACCUCAACGCCAGGCAGUACAUGACCAUGUUCCCUCACACACCAGACAACUCAUUCAUGGGCUUCGUUUCGGAGGAGCUAAACGAGACGGAGAAGAGGAACAUCCAGCAGAACAAAGUCAACAACAUGGCCGUAGUGUACGGGAAAGAGGCCAGCAUGUGGAAGCUUCAGCAGGGUAAGGAAGGUUUCCUGCAGAUUCUUCACAGGUACAUGGAGGUUCACGGCACAGUGUACUAUGAGACCCAGAGACCUCCAGAGGUCCCGGCCUUUGUGAAGAACCACGGCCUGCUGCCCCAGCAUGAGCUGCAGCAACUGCUGCGCAAAGCAAAGCUCUUCAUUGGCUUCGGUUUCCCCUACGAAGGCCCGGCCCCUCUCGAAGCGAUAGCAAACGGAUGCAUCUUCCUGCAGCCCAAGUUUCAGCCCCCUCACAGCUCGCUCAAUCAUGAGUUUUUCAGAGGCAAGCCCACUUCUAGAGAGGUGUCCUCCCAGCACCCAUACGCAGAGCAGUACAUCGGCAGACCUCACGUCAUGACAGUCGACUACAACAACUCCCUGGAGUUCGACUCUGCCAUCAGGGAAAUAAUGAGAACCAAGGUUGAGCCAUAUCUGCCUUAUGAGUACACCUGUGAGGGGAUGCUGGAGAGAGUCCAUGCCUACAUCCAGAAUCAGGACUUCUGUAACCCAGAGCCUCCCUUCAUCCCAGCCAACCUCUCCAGACAGGGGUCUGCAGGUGGCAGCAGGAUUACAGGACCUCUGUUUGUGACCCUGCCCAAUUCCACAACCCUCGGCUGGGCGUCCAAUGUGACGGCUCCCCCUGCCUGGCCUCCUCUAAGCUCUCUCAGGCUGCUCGUAUCUCAAGAGGGACAGUCCUGUGUGGAGGCGUGCCAGUCAGCCGGUUUCAUCUGCGAACCUGCUCACUUUCGCUUCAUCAACAACAAAGAGGCGCUGCGAGGGUUGGAGGUGCAGUGCGAGGUGGUAGACUCUGAGAUCAACCACAUCCUCCCGGCCUUCUCCGUGGUGCGACGGGAGUGCGGCCUCCAACGGGAUCCCCUCCUCUUCAGCUGUGCAGGUCACUCCCCCAAAUACAGACGUCUUUGCCCUUGCAGGGACUUCCGCCGCGGCCAGGUAGCGCUGUGCAGAGACUGUCUAUAAUGACGGGGGAGCACAGAAGACAGACACAAAAGAAUUAGACACAGAUUGGCAGGUGGGGGGUGGGGGGGGGGGACGGCAGCCACAGGCCAGAAGGGGUGCAGAGCUGUGAUAAAUUACCUGAUGGUGCAGAGAGGCAGCUUCCAACCCAAAACAGUAGAUGUGGGAUGAUGAGGAAGAGGUAUGCAAGGUGCCAGGAUGUAAGUGAGGACGUUGGUUGAGUGUAGUUGUUCUAACAGUAGAGACAUAUAGUGGUAAGACUCCCUAGAACAGUGCUCCCAUGACUACAGGUGUCUUUACAACCAAACUUUCACAUUAACCCACCAACUACAGGAAAAUAGUCUGCUUCUGCAAGACGCUGACAGCUAACACAGUGCGUAACAUUUCAUUUUUGGAACCGCGUCACCAAAACUAAUGGGUUUAAGGUGGAAAACGUAUACUGGAAGGCAUGUGUGUUGUGACUGCAGGGAGAUUGGGACUAUAGUGUCAUUCUAUGACAGAGCCUUCAAAUAUCUUGGCUUGGAGAAGGCAACCUCGGUUCAAUAUCCAAUCUCCUCUCUGCACUUGGACAAAGGAUGAUGGACAACCGGGUUAUCUCCUUUGCUUUUUCUCCCCUCCUCCAGUGAUGGACAGAGUCAUUUAUCAGACUGAACCCAAAGUCUGAGGCAACAUCGGUCAAUGCAAUCAUCUCUGGUCGCAAAAGAAAAGAGGAGGAGGACAGAGGACAAAGAUAAAGGGUACAAGAUUAUUUUUCAAUAAAUAAGCCUUUAGAGCUCUCAACUGGAUUUUUAAAGAGUCCUCUGGGCUUUAUGAUGGAAAAAAAAUAAUAAAAUAAAAAAAAAAUCUGAACGGA